AUAAAAGGCAGGUGAAUAUGUAAUUAUCAUAUCACCGAUUUCUAGCUUCCUUCAAAGACGGUAUAACUGGAUUUCAAGGUUUUUGUGUUCAAAACUAUACGAGGACCCCGGAGAAGUCCAAUGAGUCGCGAGUCGUUAUACCAUAUUGGGCCUGCUCCACAAUGGCACGCUUCAUUCCUUAUCUGUUUACAAGAUAGAUUUACAACAUCCGAGGUAGUUCCAUGGAGGGUAGUACGGGAAUAAUCUCUACAUAAGUCGCUGGUCCGCCGUUUUCUCCUCUCUUCAGCCCUUUUGGUCUGCUGCGAGCACUAGCUUUCAAUAUGGACUCGCCACGAGAUACCGACGCUGUUUACGAGGAAAAGACACAUGGAGCCCCAUCUAUCAACAAGGCUUCCGAAUCCCUCGACUCCAAAGAUGUCCAAAAUGACAAGUUCGGAAAAGCGCCUUACGAAAGCGAGAUUUUCUCUCAGUCGGAUGAAGAAGGACGUGGGGGGAUAGUGAAUGCUCUUGAGACUGCGGAAGAUAUUGUUACUGCUGUUAUUAAUGUCGAAGAUGAUCCAACUUUGAACCCUUGGACGUUUCGCAUGUUUUUCAUUGGUGUGUGCGGCCCUUCGCAUUUAAUUAUAUUUAUGCUAAUGAGUCUUCAGGUAUGGGUUUGUCGGCUUUCGGAGCUGUACUCCAAGAAAUUUUCUACUUCAAGCCCCAAGUCAUUUAUGUAUCAGUCAGUAAGUUCAUGAUAUCCAGUCCAGUGCUUUUUGGUGCAUACGUCUAAUAUUUUUUAGUGUUCUUAACUGUCAUCGCAUAUGCCAUUGGAGCAUUCAUGGCUUUUGCCAUUCCAAGAUGGGGUGCUGUAGGUCGAUUCCUUAAUCCUGGUCCGUUCAAUCAAAAGGAACAUGCUGCCGCUGUCAUAAUGGCAUCGGCCGCUGCAGUUUCGGCUCUAUCAACAGAAGCACUGGCAGCACAAAAGCUUUGGUACGGAGGAUACCCCAGUCAAGCUGCUGGUGUAUUCUUGACUUUAGCCUCACAAUUGAUUGGAUAUGGCAUUGCAGGUAUGAUGAGAAGUAGUCUUCUGUGGCCUACGAAGAUGCUUUACCCAGCAAAUCUUCCCGUUACUACUGUUUUGGAAACUUUACAUAAGGAUAAGGCAACCAAUAAGAAGAGAAUGAAGGUUUUUUGGUGUAUUUUCUUCGUUCUGUUGGUUUGGGAAUUGCUUCCUGAGGUAUGAAUAUCCCGUCAAUUGUUUGAGCUUUUUCAAAGCUUUUCUGACACUACGCAGUACAUCUUUCCUCUUCUUAUUGGUGUUUCAAUCUUUUGUCUUGCAGACCAACACAACCUUGUCUUCACCAAUCUUUUCGGAGGUGCAAACGGAAACGAGGGUGUUGGUUUCCUGUCUCUUUCCUUCGACUGGAAUUAUGUCGCUAGUUUUGGGUCCCCGCUAUGGCUGCCCCUUCAAACUCUGGUAAACAGCUUCAUCGGUACUCUCGGCUGCAUUAUUCUCUUCAUGGCCGUGUACUAUGGUAACAUUUGGAGAGCACAAGAUUUCCCAUUCUUGUCUCAAGAAUUGUUCAAUGGUGAUUCCAACUCCACGUACUUUGACACCUUCAAUGAGACGACAAUCCUCAAUGACGAUUUCACUGUGAAUCAGGAGGCUCUUGAAGCUGGAGGUAUUCCUUACAUGGCUUCCACUUACAUUGUCUACCUCAUAACAUCCAAUAUGGGGUUUACUGCUAAUUUCGUCCACAUGUUCCUUUGGAAUUAUGAUGACAUUAAAGCUGGAUGGGCUUGGGCCAACAAAGCGACGCUCAAGAAGAUGCUUACUCCUUCUCAUUAUAAGUUCUGGAAAGGCAAUAAUGGCACACGUAGCGAAGAAGAAAAGCAAGCUAUGAGAAACGACCCCAACAUUGAUCCACAUUACAAAGUUAUGUUGGAUUACGAUGAAGUCCCCGAUCUGUGGUACUUCUUAGCAUUCUUGGCAAGCUUCAUCACUUCAAUGGCUUGUCUUUAUGCUAUGAAGUCAACUCUUCCAUGGUGGGGUUUGAUUGUGGCGAUGCUUUUCUUGGUGCUUUUCAUGUUGUUCUUCGGUGCUCAGUAUGCCAUUACUGGUUUCCAAUUCAAUAUUGAACCUAUUGCUCAAACCCUUGCUGGGUAUUUAUUCCCUGGAGCUCCCCUCGGUAAGUUACAUGGUCAAGUAUUUUAUCGCACUGCUAAUAACCAAACUAGCAAAUAUGUAUUUCACAACCUUCACCUACAAUGCUCUUCAACAAGGACAGUAUCUUCUUCGAGACUUGAAACUUGCUCAACAAAACAAGCUUUCUCCAAAAGUCACAUACACAACCCAGAUUAUCGGGUGUAUCUUUGGUGCUUGUCUCAACUAUGUUAUGAUGAUCACGUAAGUCCCCUCUUUUCAUCUCUGAUUCUUUUACACGCUAACAAAUUUUAGCAUCGUCAAGAAUCAAACCCCAAAGCUUCUCACCAUUGAGGGAACACCCAUUUGGUCAGGGGCUAACGUCCAGUCCUUCAACUCCCUCGCAAUAGCCUGGUCUAUUGCUCCAAAGAUGUUCUCUAUCGGUGCUCGCUACCAAUGGGUAACCAUCGCAUAUCUCCUCGGAUUCCUCGUCCCCGUGCCUUUCUGGCUCCUGCACCGAUAUUUCCCUCAUCAACGUAUCUGGUCUUACCUCAACCUCUCGAUCAUCCUUUGGUAUUUCGGAUAUCUUUGUGUCGGUAUCAACGCCAGUGUCUUCAUGUACUACUACAUCGGAGCAUUCGGCCAAUUCUACCUCCGAAAAUGGAGACCAAAAUUCUUCGUCAAGUGGAAUUACUUGGUCUCCGCCGGUCUUGACGGUGGAACCCAAGUCAUGGUAUUCUUACUUACUUUCGCUGUUGCGGGAGGAAGUGGAGUUAGUAGACCAUUUCCAGCUUGGGCUGGAAAUCCCGCAAGCGGUAAUGUGGACAAAUGUAUGUAUAAUGAGGCUAACGGAUAAUCAUGUGGUUUGAUUUGGGCGGGCAAAAAAAAACGGAAUGGAAAUGAUAGUUCGGAUGAAAUGAAUGAUGGCCCGGUAUUUGGAAAUGUGCAAUAGUUAAAAUUAGAUGUUAAUGAGUAAUGUCAAUAUACCCUUUUUGAAUCAUCCCUGACCAAUAGCCGCUUUGCUUAAUUAAAUGUGAGCGUUGGAA